AUGGAAUCGCUGCCCCACCAUAUCGUAGAGCGUAUCCUUGAGAGACUUGAGGUGAAACCUCUGCUGAGGUUCAAGGCUGUAUCGAAGCAAUGGAGAUCGACGAUCGAGUCACCAUUCUUCCAAGAAAGACAGUUGAAGCAUCGUCAGCAAUCAGGAGAUCCAGAUGUACUGAUGGUGUCAGCAUGGAGAGGCUCGGGGAAGAUAGAAUCUCUAAGCACACUGGUGUUGGGCUCAUCCUCAUCGGUGAAGAUACCUACUCCUUGGGAGGAGGAGGACACGCAGUACUUAGUCUCCUUUAAUAGCUGUGACGGUCUCGUUUGUCUUUACAAUCCCCUCGUAUCCGGUUUUGUGGUCAACCCAGCCACUAGAUGGCAUCGCCCUCUUCCUCUCUGUGGAUUACAGCAACUCAUGGUCGACUUAGGAAACAGUUACUUCGAGCUUGGACACGCGCUCUUUAAGCUUGGGUUCGGUAAAGACAAAUUCACGGGCACGUACAAGCCCGUUUGGCUAUACAACUCUGCAGAAAUAGGCCGAGAAAACGCAACUACAUGCGAAGUUUUCGACUUUAGCACCAACGCUUGGAGGUAUGUCACUCCUGCUGCUCCUUAUCGGCUUGCGGUUUGUGCUGAUCCCGCGUUUGUAGACGGGUCGCUGUAUUGGUUCACAGACUGCGAAGAAACCAAAGUUGUAUCGUUGGACCUUCACACCGAAGCGUUUCAAGUCUUGUCUAAAGCCCCCUUUGCCGCCAAUCCACACCGUAAGGAUAAUCCAUACGAGAUCGUCAUGUGCAACCUCGACAACCGCUUGUGCGUGUCGGAGAAGAAGGGCUCCAACCAAGUGAUAUGGUCGUUCAACGCAGGCAACAAGACGUGGGACAAGAUUUGUUCCAUAGAUCUGGAUAUUACUUCUAUUUUUUAUAAUAGCCCAACACUAUGCGCGUUCCUUCCACUAGCGCUUUUGGAUGGGAAGAACAAGAAGACCAAGAAGAAGAAUAAGAAUUUGCUGUUUUAUGAUCUUGUGAAAGGUCGAGAGCUGCUUACACUCGACCCCGAAAAUUCCUCAUUUGUUUAUGUUGCUUUCGAUGCUGAACACUUUUUUGGAUAUCCUGUUUUUUAUUUCCAGAGUUUAAUCUCUAUUUGA